AUGCCACCUCAGCAGAACCCAGGAGCUCCGGCCGCUAUCGCCGCUGCACUGGCCAUGAUUGCAGUCCCUGGUCUUGUCGCUACGCCCAUCUUGGGUGCCCUUGGCUUUAGUGCAGGCGGCAUUGCUGCUGGCUCGUUUGCUGCUGGAAUCCAAAGUGUCAUCGGUAACGUCGUUACUAGAAGUCUCUUUGCCAUUCUCCAGAGCGCUGGCGCUGGAGGCUAUGGCCUUACAACCAUCUACCGUAUUGUCCGGGUCAUCGGCGCAGUCGUGGGUGCUGGUGGGAUCGGGGCUUUGUUUCACGGCCAGGGUGAUGGAGACAACGACUCCGAGAAUCAGGAUGGAAACGGCGGUAACAAUGGAGAUGGAAACAAUGACAAAGAUGAAGAGGAUGAGGAGGAGAAAGCGGAGGGGGGUGGACAUGCCACUGUGAAGAAUACCUUAAAUGACCAACAAAAGGGUGUCGCUUCCUUGUCGCCCGAGGACGACAAUAAGCCCAAUGGUGAGGGUGAGGGUGAGGGUGAAGUCCCGCAGAGUCUGGUUGAGCGUGAGCUGAUGCGGUUUCGCCGGCUCAAAGACGACUUCUUUCGGCCUCCUCCUGCUGCUGCUGCUGCUGCAGUCGAGGAAGAACCCAAGGCUCCCAAGAGGGACCGCAAGUUCACGCAGGAGUGCCGUCAAUUUCGCAAGAACGGGCAUUGCCCCCGAGGUGAAUCCUGCGACAAAUUCCAUUUCGUGCCAUGGGAACUGCCCGGCCGUGAGUUUAGCGAUCACCCUGUGGAUCUCUUCUUCGCCAACUUCAAAGGGUUUGAUCAUCAGCGAACCAAGCCCUUUUAUGACGAGUUCUAUCGCAUGUGCGAUCACUUCGGCUGGUCUGAUGCCGAGGCCACUGAGCCCUGGCAUAAUUUCCGCAUCGCUCUUAUACAAGAGUUCACCUACGUCUUUGGAGAGAACGAGCGCAGUCUGUUGAACUGGCAGAAGAUGUUCAAAACCAUCGGCUUGCCUGAGCCAACUUCUCUCAGCGAAGCAUACACAGUUAUGCGUCCAAUCCGUGUCAACCUCAUAGACAUGCUUGAGUCAAGUCGCACUGGUGAGCCAGUCCAACGUUUCGAGGCUCUGACGGAUCUUAGCCAUUAUUCAUAUGUCCAAGACAAAAUCUUUCCCAAACCUCCUAUGUCUCCCAAACGCAAACGCAAGGGUCCCAAACCUGAGACGUACUCAAGCGGUCUCUUGAAGAUGAUGCUUCGCGAGAUCUCUUUCGUAAACCCAUACAAGGGGACCAGGCUCGGGGGUACCGAGCUGUGA